CUCCGUGAUAUUGCUGCACAAGUUGGGAAUCAUCGUCACAGGAACAUCGUGGUGAUGACCGGGGCGGGAAUCAGCACAUCCAGUGGGAUUCCAGAUUUCCGAACACCAGGCAGCGGCCUGUAUGAUAACUUGAAGCAGUAUGACAUCCCCUACCCCGAGGCCAUCUUUGACAUCGACUUUUUCAGCUGGAAUCCAAAACCAUUCUUCUGUCUAGCCAAGAGUCUCUAUCCUGGUACCUACAAGCCGAACGACAUCCACUACUUCCUGCGUUUGCUGCAUGAAAAGAGCCUCUUAUUGCGAAUAUACACACAGAAUAUUGACGGACUGGAGCAGGCGGCUGGGAUUCCUUCGCAGAGACUGGUAGAAGCUCACGGCACUUUUUCAACUGCAUCUUGUUCCUUGUGCAACUCGUCACAUCCGUCAGAAAAAGCAAAGAUAAGUGGUCAGAAUAGUCGGUGGUGGGCUGCAACUCUAAACGAUGAAAUUCCAAGGUGGGAAACUUGUUUGGGAGUCGUGAAAGCCGACAUUGUAUUUUUUGGUGAAAGUCUUCCUAAAAGCUUCUCCUCGUACAGGAAGGACUUUAAGCAGAGUGACCUGCUGAUUGUCAUGGGAACGUCAUUGGAGACUGAACCUUUCGCAAGCAUUGUGAAUUCUGUGCAGCCUCAUCUGCCCCGCCUGCUCCUGAACUGGGAUCCUGUUGGCCCUUUUAAACAAACUCCCUUGAAACACACGGACGUGAGAAAACUGGGCGAUCUGAGCAACAGCGUCCGGCUGUUGGUGCAACUCCUGGGCUGGAUCACUGACCUGGACAAACUGCUCAAGGUGCAGACACACAAAAUGAUGGGUGUCUGUGGGAAACGUGAAACUGGUGCUCCCACCGGGAACAGAACUGACCCAGGGCCCAUGGUUCCAGGUUACCCUGCACUAAACAAGCGGAGGAUCAGAUCACUCGUCUAUCACCAAGUGGCAUCAAAAUUCUACAUGGGGCCAGGUAUAAAAGCCCAGGGGCAGAACUGUGAUGCAUCGAAAAGCUCACCCAUUGACUGCACAGAUCACUCCUGCAUUGAGAGCAGCUCUGAAGAGAAUUCUCCUGCAUCAGAACCUUCUGAACUGUAG